CUGCAACAAAAAUUCAACAUGGCUGUCGUGUCAAAGCACUAAGUGAACGUCCUAGAUUUUAUACGUAUCAAAGGAGUGCUUUGACUGAGGAACAUGUAAAUGGUGAAGUUAUUAGUGCAAGAUGUCCGAUAAAGUUUACGUUUGAUAAGUAUUCGCUCAUUGGAUUACAAACUGAUAGGCAGACUGUGUCAUACUUCGUUCUGGUGUUAAUUUCAAGGAUUCCUGCGAGGAUGGAUCCAAGAUAGUGCUCAUUCAAACACUUUUCUCCUAUAGUCCGGACAAUCCCCCGCUGUCACACUGGCUUCGUCCGACGAAGACGAUACCACCAUCAUGUCUGCCAUAUCAAUAUUCACAUGCCGGCCGAACUCGCAUCCAUUUCAGGAACGCCAGAUCCCGAUGCACGAACCGGUCAAGAUUGGCCGGUCUGUUGCUCGGGCACGGCCCGCACCCAAUAACGCCAUAUUUGACUGUAAGGUGCUCUCCAGAAAUCAUGCAUUGAUAUGGUAUGAAACUGGCAAGUUUUACCUACAAGACACCAAGAGCAGUAAUGGGACCUUCAUCAAUAAUCAGCGCCUCAGUAAAGGGUCAGAGGAGAGUCCUGCCCGGGAAAUCUACUCUGGCGACAUCAUCCAGUUUGGGGUGGACGUGAUGGAGAACUCGCGUCGAGAUUCUCCACAUGCCCAAGUAACGCAUGGGUGUAUUAUUGCAAUGGUGACUCUUUAUCAUCCUGAUGGAAGGGAGGCCAAACCUAGUUACACGCCGAAUACUAUGACGGGUCCAGCGCUUGGUGCCAACUCUCAGGAAAUCUACCAGUUAGCUCAAUAUUUACAGGAAGCACUUCAUAGGGAACAAAUGUUAGAAAAUAAAUUGGCCACGUUGCAACGUUUGGUUUCGAAUACUCAGGAAGCAUCGGAGACGGGCUGGCAAGCAUUAAUAGAUGAGGAUAGGCUAUUAUCAAGAUUAGAAGUACUCGAAAACCAGUUACAGGCAUAUGCAAAGAACCAAACAGAAGAUAAUUUACGGCAGGAAUUAGUAGCGUUACAAGAGGAUAAACAUAAAUAUGAAAAUACUGCAAAGGAAUCUUUACGGAGAGUGUUACAAGAAAAAUUAGAAGCUGUUAGAAAAUUAUCAGAUCUAGAAACCUCGCUGAGUAAUACUGAAGACAACUGCACACAUCUGAAGAGUAUGUGCGAGUUAGCGCAACAGGAGUUGGAGAGGCUUGCCGGCAAGCAUGAGGAGACAGAGAAAGACAUGGAGGAACUGAAACAAAAGUUAGAGGAAGCUGAACAGAACCAUGAACAAGAAAUGCAGAUGGUCAACCAAGAGAAAACAGAGCUUCAAAACAAACUUGACGAGAUGAUGAAACAGGAAAGAGAACUUACAUCCAAAAUGGAGGCGAUUGAAGCAGAGCAUGAAUCGGCCAAGGAGGAACUAGAGGCAAUGAAAGAAAAUCUUAUCAACAAACCGCCAGAAAUUGAAAAAGUGGAUCACAUAAAGAAUGUCAAAAUGGAAUCACGAGAAAUCCAAGUUGACCUUUUCGUGGAGAAGGGCGAAUUCGAGGUGAAAUAUGAUGAAACAGAAACCGACAGCCUAAAAAAAAAAUUGAAAGAAACGCAAGACCAGAUCGAGAAAUAUAAAGCCCAAAUGCUUGACGGUGAGACACGACUCCGAGAUAGCAAACAGAAAGUCGAUACACUACAGAAUGAACUCGACAAGGCCCAACUCCAACAAUCGGACAGUGUGUUACAGAUUGUUUCUUUAGAAGAAAAACUUAAGUUUUCGGACUUUCACAUGAGCCAAAUGAUGGACAAUACUGUGGCUGACUUGCAAACUCAACUUGAUGAAUCUGAGAAGCAAGCCGACAAAAGUAGUGACUUGUCAUCAAAAUUAGAAAGCCAAAUUGAGGAACUGGAGAAACAGCUCAUUCGGUAUCGAGAAGAUGAGGAAGCAAGUCGCUCGAGACUAAUUGAGAAUAACGACGAUACGAACAGCAACCCGAUUAACGGCAUUACGAAUCAUGUCGAGACGCCAACAACUUCCCCUAUGAUUCCAAAGUUGUGCCACAUUGAGGAUCUAGAGAAAAUCAAAGAGGAUUACAGUGAGACUAUAGACAGGCUCGCCUUAGCCACUGAUAAAAUAUGCGAGUUGGAAGGAUUACUGUGUGAAGCUAGAGAUGCACAGAAAGACAGCGAAAAUGAAAUUGACAAGUUCAGACAUGAACUUGAUGCAGCGCGGAUUCAGACCAAGACAUUUGUCGAAGAGGCCCAGUCGUUACGCUCACAGCUCGAGGUGUCGGGUACCCAGGUGAAGGACCGAAUGAGUCAGGUCGCGGAGUUACAAGAGCAGCUGAGUAAGACAGAGGCCAGCAACAAGGAAGUCAAACAACAGAUCACAGUACUACGGGAUCAACUAGCAGAAGAACAAAGCUUGAAAUCAAAUGGUUUAGAAGAGAUGGCAAGUUUGAAAAAAUUCCUGGACACUGAAAGAGAAGCUCAUGAAAUUGACCGGGCACACUUGGAAUCUGUUCAGCAGCAACUGCUGGAAGCACAACAGGCAGCUAAACACAGUAAGAAUGAAGCAGAGGAGCUCCGAGUCAGGCUGAAGGAACUCGAGGACGAGAUUGACACGGAGAAGAACAAGUCUGAUAUCAUGAAGGAAGGGGGAAUCAAAACGUUCGAAGGACCAAUGUCAAGUGAUUUCUCUGCCCUGAAAGAAGAAUGUGAUAGCCUGCGGCGCCGGAUACAGAACAUAGAGGCUGACAUGAAAAUCUCCAAGACCGAGAACUCCAAACUAUCUGCUGAAAACUCGCACUUGCUAGAGUCAUACAAGGAGCUUGAGAAGCUGAAGGAUUGCCUUGAGAGUAAGGAGUCCAUGUGGAAGCACAACCUGACAGACGCCCAGAAAGAGGCUGAUAAUACCAAACAGGAGGUGAGGCGUACAGAGUAUCAGUUGACCGAAGCAACUGCUGAGAUUGCCAGUCUCAAACUACGGGUGAACCAAUGUACUGAGGAGAUAAGCCAUCUCAAGUCCGACCUGGAUGAGAUGUCAGAGGAGUAUGGUAUACUGGCUGACAGAAGUAGAACGUUGUCUGCUUGCUCCAUGAUCCCAAUCAUCAUGUUGAUAUUCGCCAUCAUGCUCGCCCUGUAUCCAACGCUUGCCACAGUCACAGCCACAACAGCACCAGGCUUGGUGUGACCUUGAGAGAAACCUCAAGGUUAUGUCGGACCCAGACGACCUUGAAUGAAUGUCGCUGUAGAAUUGUGUUAUAUGUAUAAGUCAAGGUCACAACAGCAGUUUGAUUGUAUAUUGACCAAUUAGAUCCCAUCCCUUUACUAGGAAAUACUCUGUGACAAUAUAGAAAUGAGGUUGGUCGGUGGUGUAAAUUUCUUUUGUGCGAGACCACUUCAUGUGAGUAUAAUUUGUGAAUAUUAAACGAUUGUCAAAUUAAGUUGGGGUGAACCUCUAAGAUAAGACUCUGAGUGAAAAGUUACCAGUUUAAGUUGCAGAUCCAAACGAUGGCCAACAAUCCCCAUGAUUGCGCAAAAACUGAGCUGUUUACAGUAGAUGCUCCGUGUUCAUCUGGUAACUUUUCCUUCCGAAUCGACUUAGUGUAAAUAUGUAAUGUACAGAAGUUAGCGCCUUAUCGUGCUUUAAUCAGAAGUCUAUGUCUAUUCCGUUUCAUCUGAUACUUAAUUAUUAAUAGAUUGGUGCUUGAAAGCAUAACAAAGUUUAUAUAUAUUGGAAGCAGAAGUGAAUGAAAUCAUUGAAAUCCCUUUCAUUAUUCGAUAGUCGUUCUUCGGGUUGCCAGGUUCCUUCUAUAAAAUAAGGCCCGCAUAUAUAUUGUCGAAAGAGCCACUAUGAGCCAAGUUGGUUCACGUUCUCUCCACUCCACAGGCUUAAAAACACUGCACAGUUUUUCUGUUUCACUAUUUGUGACAAACUUGAGACUCGACCUCCCUCAAUGUUGAAGGGUCCGACUCCUUGGAUUUCAAUGGUACUUGUUUCUAUAUCACUUUGGGUUGGGUUUGAAUGAUUGUAGUGUCUUAUUCAUGUCUAGUCAUCAUUCAGAUUAAAUUUGGACCAGAAAAUAGUUUUGAAAAAUCUAUUGUAUGAUGGUCUGUUGUAGCUCAUGAAGAUUUGUGUCGGGAUGUUCGUCUGUUGAAAGAUAAGCAGACGUAGAGGGCCUUAAUUUGAUCAGUUCAAAUUGUUGACAGGUCAGUUGGGGCUUCGACAUCAGUGUGAGUUUGCUGUGAUUGUAUUGAGUUGACAUGAUAAUCAUUGGGCAAAAUGAAAAUAUAACUUGAUGUCCGAUUCAUUUGAAACAGAGAGUUCGUUGGAAUCACUGUUACGCUAUUGAUGUGAAUUAUUGCAAGGUACUUUUGUUCAAUUAUUUGGUAAAUUUUUGAUUGCUCAUGCAAAGGGAAGCCUUCCCGUCACAAACAGUGCUGUAAGCUGUGACAUUUUUGCAGUGAUAAUUGUCAAAAAACUAAUUGGCUGUUAACAGAAUUCAGCAUUUGCUGCGUUAAUGUAAUGGUUCAGAGUUGAAAUUGUCAGACGUUUCAAUUUCACACUCAACAAUGAAUUCAAAAAACGCUCGUGAAAAUUUCCCUGAUCAAUUGUAUGCAGGUUAUUCCAGCCAACUUUCUAAAAUGAAUUGAAAGGAGAAAUAUAAGUAAGGAAAACUAUGUCAAACCUAAAAGGCUUCGCUUUCAUUUAUCAUGGACCAAAAUAUUGAGGUGCUGGGUAUUAUUUCAUUGUGCACGAUCUUUGUAUUAUCUCACCAAUUUUUAUGGAAACUAUAUUUUAAGAUUAGUUCCUCAGCUAUAUAACCUCUUCAUUGAUGAGGUCUUGUUUAACCCACCACAGCUGGUAAAUUAGGUAUAUUGCGCUAGCAUUGUCGUCGUUUGGCUAGUUUUGUGAUGUAGAAAUAUGUUUAUUGCCUGUUCUGUGGCACCAGUGGUUCUAAUUUGCCUUCAAUCAAAAAAAAGACUGUAGAAUAUUGACAUGAUUGUCCCAAUGUGCCUGCUGUGUCAUUUAUUGUAUAUAAUAUCGUCAUUAGUUAAAUGAAUGCGCCUGGUAUCCAUUGCAUCCACCAUCUUGGAUAACCAAAACCUUAUGUCCUACAUGAUUCCUACGUUGGUCCUGCUGGCGAGUGUCGAUUUCACAAGUCCAGCAGUGACGAUGAAAGUUUAUCAUCACCACUUGAAAAAUCCACCAAGCUCUAGGCCAGAAUAAUCAGUGUACCCUGUAGGUGGUGUUGUUUCUGAUCCACUUAAUACAACCUCAAUUUAUUAAGGUAUUUUCUGCAGUGGUUUAAGAUGAAGUGAUCAAUUUCAUGCAAAAAAUCUGUAUGAGUAAGUCAGACUUGGUGUUUUGCUGAAAGAGUUUCUUUGAGGUGGUGUAAUUAUGUGGUCUUCAGUCGAGCUGGAACUAUUUUUUGCUUCUAGAAAAUCUACCUGUGGUUUCGGUGACAAAGCUGUUGCAAAUACGAGAUUUUUAGUGAGUUCUGGACAACCAUUUGUUUUGCGGUCAUGUAGUCCAUUGAACGGGGCAUUCCUUAGAUAUUUAUAACCAAGUACUUUGCCACAGAUGCUGUCCAUGGAUGAAAAGUAUUUUCAAUACACCUGCCAGAACCUCUUCCGCAUUGAGGUGAUUUGUCAUUGCAAUGUUCAGCAUCUAUGGCUAAUUACUAUCGGUACAGUUAUAGUUCAAGGAUAUCCCUUCAAGUGACCAUUUCGUAAUUCCUCCUAUCCAGCUGGCCUCUGUUAAGUUUUGUUCCUUAGUGACCAUGCUUGCCUGUUUUAUUUUGGUUCUUGUGGUAUUGUGACUGUUGUGAUAUACAAGUGUUUUUGUUUUCUGUCUUGUCAAGUUAAAUCAGUGUAAUAAACUGAAAACUGUCUGUCAACCGAUAUCUUGAUAACCAGUUGGUAGAGUGAAAAUAAUCGGAUAGAAUCAUUGAGAAGCUUAGCUUAAAUUGAAAUUAAUCAUCUUUCCUGUAUAGUGUAUUGCACAAUAAUUAAACUAUAACAUCUAAUUCUAUUUAGAAAUUGUUGUAUUUCAACACAAGCUGCAUUGAAACAGUAAAAAAAACAAAGGAAACUGUUACUUCGGAAGGUCUUCAACAAAUUAUUUUCCCAAGGUUAAGCAUGGUCUGUUUCGUCUGCGGUAUGGCCAGCCUAGGAGGUGUCCAUUAUAACAAACUGCAAUCACAUUGCCCAAUCAAAUUAAUGGCCAGUUGCGGGCCACAAUGGACUCGCCUCAAUCUUGUCUCAAACAGAUUUAAAUGGUUCAAGAUGCACUUCUUACACUCACAAAAACCCAGCUAGCUGGUUGUUACCAGAAAAUUAUCCUCCACUUUAGUACAGUACAUGUAAAUUGAUUGGGCAGGUUGCUAUGGUCAGGUGAGAGCAAAAUCUUGUGUUUGUAAAUGUUCCUCUGAUAGGCAUGUUUAUGUCUUUAGAUCGACUGAUACAUUGCGACUUUGUUGUUAAUCUUGAUGACAUAAGGUAGGAGAUCAGGGGAAAAUUUCAAAUGCAAGGUUUCUACCUGACACUGAUCUGUAUGAUGUAUGAUGUAGUCUGUUAUAUCUAAUAUGUUCAGAUCAACGGACAGUAUUCAGCUUAUGUUUUGAUCCGAAUCCGGUUGGUUGACCCCAGAGCUUGCUGCAGACCGAGAUGGUUGCUGCAUGACCCUGCUGUCAGCCAUUGGCGCCACUGACAUGUUUUGCGUGUACUAAGACCUUUGUCUUGGAAUUUGUACGCAGAUUGAUCCCAAAAAAAUGAAUCAUCCUGCAACAAGUAGUGCCAGAGAAACACAGUGAUUGGGACUUGGGUUGUUCAGAGUAUGGCUCUUUCUCUGUCUGAAGCUCGAAUUUAUCACAAACUUGCUUGGUUUGGUCAUGUGAAUGGAUGACAAGCCUUUAGUGAGAGGGUCGGAUAACAGUUGUGAAACUGCAUGUUUUUCUGGCAUCGGAUUGUUUAGUUCGAGUCCUGGUUGAUGUUCACUGAUGAUAUGUGAGUGAGAGUUGAAUGUAAAAUAGUGUUUUGGAUGCGAUGUAUCUAAGCCACAGGCAGUAUUGUAAAUAAAUAAACUGAAUGGUA